AGUGCGUGAACGUGUUUUUUUUUUCUGUCAAAAGGGGACGGUGGCGAGAGAGAGAAAGGGUGAUUGGAGCGAGAUCAGGGGCACUGUCAUAUUAUUUCUAUGGAAACGCUACACUGACUGGCAGAGGUGAGUGGAGGAAAAGGUGGCUGCGCUUUCGGAUGCGUUACGCACGCAACGGAUUCCCAGCUUCUCUUCCCCUCAGUGUCAAGAGCGCGGAAACAAGCAGGGACAAUCUCUUCAAAGUAGCUCAGAAUUGUUCUUUUGAAUCUGAUUCAUAAAAGAAGGAACCUUCAAAAAGUCAAGAUGCCCCUGGCACAACUAGUUGACCCUUGGCGAAAGAUGGCAAUCGGGAGUGCGGCGAGCGAGACAGAGCCCCAUCAUGUCUUGGAGGACUCCACGGGAGAAGAUGAAAAUCUACCAUGUCAAAAGCCCAGCAGCGGGUACACUCUGCAGGGGGAUUGCUGUGCCUCAACCCCUCCUCCCUCAGUCAUGGAGCAGGGUGACGAGCCCCAGGUCGGACACGAGAACAAGUGGGACACAACUUCGUACUGCUGUGAUGUGCGUGGCGUGGGAAGAAGUGUCUGUUAAAGAGAUCAGCAUCACACAUCUUGUUAAAGAGGGCUCAGAGAAGGCCGACCCGCAGCAGUUUGAGCUCAGGAAGGUGCUUGGACAGGGCUCCUUCGGAAAGGUGUUUUUGGUGAAGAAGACGACAGGCCCGGAUGCAGGACAGCUGUAUGCAAUGAAAGUGCUGAAAAAAGCCACUCUGAAAGUACGGGAUCGGGUCAGGACUAAGAUGGAGCGGGACAUCCUGGUGGAGGUUAAUCAUCCGUUUAUUGUUAAACUACACUAUGCAUUCCAGACUGAAGGAAAGCUCUAUCUGAUUCUGGACUUUUUAAGAGGAGGUGAUCUCUUUACUCGACUGUCAAAAGAGGUGAUGUUCACAGAGGAGGAUGUGAAGUUUUAUCUUGCCGAACUGGCUUUAGCUCUGGACCAUCUGCAUGGACUAGGCAUCAUCUACAGAGAUCUGAAACCAGAGAACAUUCUCUUGGAUGAGGACGGCCACAUAAAGCUGACAGAUUUUGGACUCAGUAAGGAGUCGAUCGAUCACGAAAAUAAAGCAUACUCUUUCUGCGGGACGGUAGAGUAUAUGGCUCCGGAGGUGGUGAACAGAAGAGGACACACUUACAGCGCUGACUGGUGGUCUUACGGUGUACUCAUGUUUGAAAUGCUGACUGGAACGCUGCCUUUCCAAGGCAAGGACCGCAAGGACACCAUGACUAUGAUUCUAAAGGCAAAGCUUGGAAUGCCUCACUUUCUGAGUUCAGAAGCUCAGAGUCUCCUCAGGAGCCUUUUCAAACGAAACCCUUCCAAUAGAUUAGGUGCUGGUCCAGAUGGAGUUGAAGAGAUAAAGAGACACCCGUUUUAUUCUACCAUUGACUGGAAUAAAUUAUUUAGAAGAGAAAUUCACCCGCCCUUCAAACCAGCCUCUGGCAGACCAGACGACACAUUCUACUUUGACCCAGAAUUUACAGCAAAAACUCCCAAAGACUCUCCAGGUGUACCCCCUAGUGCCAAUGCCAACCAACUCUUCAGAGGUUUCAGUUUUGUGGCCAUCAGCUCAGAAGAAGAGUCUCAACCCCUGCAGAGCAAAAGUGUGAGCUCUUUAGUUCAGCAACUCCACAGAAACGUGUCUCAGUUCAAUGACACAUAUGAGGUGAAGGAGGAUAUCGGAGUUGGCUCAUAUUCCAUCUGCAGACGCUGCAUACAGAAAAGCACAGGCAUGGAGUAUGCAGUGAAGAUAAUCAAUAAAGCUAAACGGGAUCCGACAGACGAGGUGGAAAUUCUGUUACGCUAUGGACAGCAUCCAAAUAUAAUCACCUUGAAAGACGUGUACGACGACGGCCGCUCAGUGUAUCUGGUGACAGAACUGCUGAAGGGAGGGGAACUGCUGGAUAAGAUCCUCAGACAGAAGUUCUUCUCCGAGCGAGAGGCCAGUGCUGUGCUGCACACCAUCACAAAGACUGUGGAGUACCUGCAUGCUCAAGGGGUGGUUCACAGGGAUCUGAAGCCCAGUAACAUCCUUUACGUUGAUGAAUCCGGGGAUCCCGAGUCAAUCCGGAUCUGUGACUUUGGCUUUGCCAAGCAGCUGAGAGCAGAAAACGGACUGCUGAUGACGCCCUGUUAUACUGCCAACUUUGUGGCCCCAGAGGUGCUGAAGAAACAGGGUUAUGAUGCUGCCUGUGAUAUCUGGAGUUUAGGCGUCCUUCUGUACACAAUGUUAACUGGAUUUACUCCAUUUGCUAAUGGCCCAGAGGACACGCCGGAGGAGAUUCUAGCUCGAAUAGGCAGUGGGAAGUUUUCUCUCACAGGUGGAUACUGGAACUCUGUUUCACUUGAGGCAAAGGACUUGGUGUCUAAGAUGUUGCAUGUAGACCCCCAUCAGAGACUAACAGCUGCACAGGUGUUGAAACACCCCUGGAUCGUUCACAAAGACCAGCUCCCCAAAUACCAGCUGAACAGACAUGAUGCCCCCCAUCUGGUUAAGGGGGCGAUGGCUGCCACAUACUCUGCCUUGAAUAGGAACGUUCCCCCCAUGCUGGAGCCUGUGGGCUGUUCUAUUCUCGCUCAGCGCAGAGGAGUGAAAAAACUGACCUCUACUGCUUUAUGAGCAAACAUCUUCCACCUCCAACCCCAUGACCUCUAGCCUGGUUUGAGCACAGCCUGAUGUCGGCUUGCUUGCUGCCCACCACGCAUCAUGGCCUUAGAGCCAAGCGGUGAUUCUGAGGACCCCUGGUGGACAAUUAAAAUCUUCCUUCACUUCCUUCCUUCCUUUACCACAAGGGCCAAUAAAAACAUUUCGGCCUGUACGAUCACGCCUAAGCCUCUAAAUGCAAGACGAUGAAGAAUCUGUGGACUGAGGUGCAAAUUAUCUGAGCGUAUGGAUAUUAACAUACAUAUAAACUCAGUUAUUAUAAAAAGCUAAGAUGUUAAUGUGUUCAGGGAGGAUGUGGAUUUUAGAGGAUGACAACAAAUUCCUGCACCAAAAUGUGCGCACAGUUGCGAAAAGCUCCAGUUGUAUGGGGAUGUUGUACAUGGGAUACAUUCCUGUCAGGUAGACACUUACUAUUCAAAUUGUAUCCAGUUCUCGGCCUGAUAUUUUACAUCAUUGAGGGCACAUUACAUAUUUAAGUCCCACCAAACCAUAAUAACUAUGGCGUAUCCCAACAUACCUUGUUCUCCAGUCAUCUUUGAACAGCGAUCUAGGGGAGACGCCUUUAGCAGAUCCAUACAAGACUUUAAGACAAGUCCAAAAGUUUAUAUGACAGAUGCUGGUGUUAGCUUAGCAUUCUUUUUACGAAACAAUAUGAACAAGUUCCAAAGCACAAAAAUGCAGUGGAGGCCUACAUGUAAACGGCACAGAAUGUCAAAUAGAGAACUCAGGUGAAAUGCAAUACAUAAUACAAAAAAUAAUUAAAAAAUAAGCUGGGAUUGAAAUGUUACGGCUGUAUCGCCUCACCUAAAACCUGCUGACCUGUUUGUUUGUAUGUAGGAAAGUACAGAAAUGCUCAGAGAUAUAUGUAGUGACUUUUUAAGUGACUACUUGCAGCCUUGACAUAUUUUUAUAAAUGUGCAUGGGCAAGAUGCUAUAUUAGCUAAUAGCUCUGUGGAAGUUGGCAUGACUGAGUUCACCCUUUAAUUUUUUUUAUUUUUAAUUCUUCUAAUUUCAUGCAGGGUUUAAGAGCAAGUUUAAAUAUGUUGUACAUUUUUCUUUUCAUCUCAGUUUUAUUUUUUUUCCUGUCUUUGACUUGGAAGAGUGCUGGAAACGUUGCUGUCCAUAUAGCAAGCUGCUAUCCUGUUCUUUCUUUUGUACAUGUAGAAAAUAAAGUUUUUUACAAAAACA